UUUCAUGAGGACCCAGCCAAUAUUGGCCCUGGACCCGUCGGUAUAUUGCAUCAGCACCAGCAACCCACUGUCCCAGGGCCACUGGCCCAUCCAGAUGCCCACUCAGCAGGUUGGAGGAAACCUUGCCCUCGGUAACCGUGGAGAAACCCAAGCUGCUAACAGCGAAGAAAUCCUAAUUGGCAAACGCGAAGAAACCUUAGCUGGCAACCGUGGUGAAAGCCUAGCUGGCAACCGCGAAGAAAACCUAGCUGGCAACCGUGAAGAAAGAUUAGCUGGCAACCACGAUGUCGAUCCAGAUGAAGACCAAAAAAAGAUUCCCGAAGUAAAGAACCGCAAGAAUAAGUAUGCUCCGCCAUCUUUUUUCGAGACCCUGCCCUUAGCGUCCCACCUGAGGCGGGUGGACCACUUCGUGGUUGGGGGCGCCACGCUGGUUCCCCGCCCCCUCCUGGAGGAGGUACUCACCCACUUCACGCUCCCCGUGGUACCUACCACUCGCUCCUUCCCCCGUCCCUCUGACUUUGUCCCCUACGGGACCCCUUUCCCUCCAGAUGGGGAAGAGGGGAAAGAAACUGAACAAACAAAAGAAAAUAAAUAUAAUAAUGGAAAUUUGUACGACGAAUAUAAAAAAUUCAAGUUAAGAGAAGCGGAGAUGAGCGGUGGAAACGAGUUGAUGAAACAAGAAUUCAAUAUCAUGGUGGAGGUGGCAGAUUGGCUGUCGUGGUCCAGCCACCGACUGCUGCGAGGCUGCGUCGUACCAGCCACACCGCGAUCCUGUCUCAUCCGCCAUCUUGAAUCUCAGGACACAUCUAAGGACAAUGAGGACUCAAGGCGCUGCGCCUUGCCAGGAGUUGACCAAGUGCCCUUAGUGGAGCCGGAGAA